GCAACGCCUGCACCGCGCCGCCACGAGCCCCUCUCCCCGCCCGCUGCCCCCACACGCCCACGCGCGCAACACCGCACCCGAUGACGGUCUUCCUCCCCCUGGAGGCGUCGUCGCCCGUCCCCCACGCCCCCGCCUUCCUCGUGCCCACGGCCCAGCCAGCCGCACACCUCAGCAAGGUCAUCAAGACGAUCAUGAAGGCGCGGCGCAUCGCCGUCGUCUGCGGGGCUGGUAUCUCCGUGCAGGCUGGCAUACCAGACUUCCGCUCGUCUGACGGCCUUUUCCAGACGCUGAAGAAAGACAACCCGAUGCUGAGCUCGGGAAGAGAUUUAUUUGAUGCAUCCGUAUUCAAUGCCGAGGGCACGACGUCCAUGUUCUGCCAGAUGAUUGCCCAGCUUGCAGAACUUUCCGAAGUCGCCCUCCCGACCUCCUUCCACCACCUCCUGCGCGCUCUUGACGAGCGGCGCCGGCUCCUCCGCGUGUACACGCAGAAUAUCGAUGCGCUCGAGCAGAAAAGCGGACUCACCUUUGGCGUCCCGGAGUCCGAUGCGAAGCGGAAUAAACCGCGCCUAUGCAAACCCAAGACAGACGCGCAGAGCGAGGCUGGCCCCUCCACCGUCGUCGAGCCGCCGCAGAACCGGCUACCGACACCGCCGAUCGAGACCCCGCGGUGCAUUCCACUUCACGGCACGCUCCAGCAGAUGCACUGCCAGAUUUGCACGCACUCAUUCCCGCUGCGCGACUACCUGCCCGCGCUGAGCGAGGGCAGGCCGCCGUACUGCCCGGAAUGCUCGGCGCUGGAGGAGACACGGCAGCUGGUCGGGAAGCGCUCACGCGGAGUGGGCAAGCUGCGGCCGAGCGUUGUGCUGUACAACGAGAUGCACAAGGACGGCGAGGAGGUGGGCGACGUCGUGCGGCGCGACCUGAUCGGAAGCUCGAAGGGGAAGGGCCGGGCGGGCGCGGACCUGCUGCUGGUCGUUGGGACGAGUCUGAGAGUGCCGGGGACGAAGCGGAUCGUGAGGGAGUUCUCGAAGGCCGUGCACGCACGCGACGCACCGGCGAGCGAGGCGACGUCGGUCAUGGGCCUCGCCACGCCGACGCCGUCACCCCGCCGGUCGCCGGUUGAUGAUGAGGAGGCCCCGAUACGCGCGGUGUACCUGAACCUCGACUUCCCCGUGCCGACGCGCGAGUGGGAGGGUGUGUUCGAUGUGUGGAUCCGCGGCGAUGCGCAGGAGUUUGCGCAGCUGAUGCUGGAGGAGAUGGACCGUGAGCUGCGGGCGAAGGAGGAGGCGGCGGAGCGGAAGCGGCGGAGGGAGGAGGCCGCUCUUGCGGCGAAGCUCGAGGCGCAUAUGAGCGUCGGCGUGGAUCCGCAGAGGAGUAGCGGGAGCGCGAAGAAGCGCAAGACGCCGUCGUCGUCGGCGGGGGAGGGGUCUGCCAAGAAGCACAAGGUGACGCCGCCGACCCCGGUGUCGAUGAAGAAGCCAGCUGGCAAGGCAAGGAAGUCGAAGAGUGGCGGUGAUGAUGUGUUACCCGUCCCCGCGAAGGAGAGCAAACGAUCGUCUAAGCCUAAGAGUGGGCUGAAGAUCCGCAUUCCACCUCGGCCUGUGGUACUCAUCACUACCCCCGUCCCGAAGCCCAAGAGACCUGCAUUGGUUACGCCCGAGCCCUCUCCGCCUUCAUCACCUUUAACACCGGUUCCUUCAUCCGUGUCUCGGCACAGGAGUACCCUGUCUCCUCUUUCGCCCAUCCUUAGCCCGCCUUCCAAGCCACGUUCCACCCGCCCCUACGACUACGACUUCCCACUUUUCAUUGCAGUCCGCACGGACCUGGACGAUAGUCUGCCUUGACCCCCAGGACCGGACAACGGCCGUCGGGACUCGGCUUACAUUUCCCGCAAUGUGUAUAAAGCCUGCUUUAGCUGGCCUCUUCUCCUCGAUUAGGUGGUCUGCGAGUGCUAUGGAAACUUGGACGUGAGCGUACCUUUGGCCUCCGUUAUUAUGUAGAGCGGGCGCUUGGUG